AUGACUCCUCAUCGUGAUUGGUUUUGUACAUAUGAACCUGUCUUGGAAGGAUCUGUGUUUAUGAGAAACGAUCAUGCCUUAGAAAUUGUUGGAAUGGGUACUGUCAAAAUAAAAAUGUUUGAUGGUUCUAUUCGUUCACUUCAAGGGAUAAGACACGUGAAAGGCUUGAAGAAGAAUUUGUUGUCGAUUGGGCAAUUGGAUGAACUUCGUUGUAAGACCCAUAUUGAAGGUGGGAUCUUAAAAGUUGUUAAAGGAGCUCUUGUGGUAAUAAAAGCAGAAAAGAUUGCAGCAAAUCUAUACAUGCUUAUGGGAGAUACUUUGCAAGAGGCAGAGGCAUCAGUUGCUUCAACAAGCCAAGAAGAAAUGACGAUGAUAUGGCAUUGCAAACUAGGCCACAUGUCAGAACGAGGCUUGAAGAUUCUUGUAGAACGUAAUCUCAUUCCCGGGCUCAAAUUGUUAAACUUACCGUUUUGUAAGCACUGCGUUACAAGCAAACAACAUAGAUUGACGUUUGGUAGAUCAACUGCUCGGAGCAAGCACAUAUUGGAGUUGAUUCAUUCUUAUGUGUGGGAAUCACCAGAAAUGUCCCUUGGAGGAGCAAAAUAUCUUGUAUCAUUUAUUGAUGAUUACUCUAGGAGGCUAUGGGUGUACAUGAUCAAGAAGAAGUCAGAUGUGUUUGCGAUGUUCAAAGAGUUCAAAGCAAAGUUAGAAGUUGAAUCUGGAAAGAAGAUCAAGUGUUUAAGGACAGAUAAUGGAGGAGAAUAUGUUGAUAGUGAUUUUAUAACAUUUUGCAAGCAAGCAGGUAUUCAACGACAAUUCACAGUUGCAUAUACGCCUCAGCAAAAUGGUGUAGCAGAGCGAAUGAAUAGGACUCUCCUAGAAAGAGCACGAGCUAUGUUGCAAACUGCAGGUUUAGCCAAGUUUUUUUGGGCAGAAGCUGUUAAAACCGCCUGUUAUGUGAUAAAUCGGUCACCAUCAACUGCAAUUGGGUUAAAGACACCAAUGGAGAUGUGGCAAGGUAAGCCACCUAAUUAUUCUUCUUUACAUAUAUUUGGUUGUCCUGUGUACGUGAUGUACAAUUCCCAAGAAAGAACAAAGCUAGACCCAAAGUCUAGAAAAUGUAUAUUCUUGGGUUAUGCUGACGGUGUUAAGGGGUAUCGCCUGUGGGAUCCCACUGCCCGCAAGGUAGUUGUCAGUAGAGAUGUGAUAUUUGCAGAAGAUGAAUUGCAAAAAGAACAAGAAAAUGACAGCACUAUUAAAGAGAUUACCACUGUUCAAAUAGAUGAAAAAUGCAGAGAAGGUGAUCUUUCUGAAGCAGAACCACAGCACGAAGAACAAGAAGCAGAGGCUAAUGACAUAGAAGUUCGUCGAUCCACUCGACAAAGAAGAACACCAUCAUGGCACUCAAAUUAUGUUUUGACAAACCAUGAUGCAUAUUGUCUUUUGACAGAAGAUGGAGAGCCAACAAUUUUUAUGGAGGCUAUGCGCAAUCCAGACACUUCUAUGUGGAUGACAGCAAUGCAAGAAGAAAUUGAGGCAUUACAUAGGAACCAUACCUGGAAACUUGUUGAACUUCCAGCAGGUCGGAAAGCCAUUGGUAACAAAUGGGUUUACAAGAUCAAACGAGAUAGUAAUGAUCAGGUGGAACGAUAUCGUGCAAGAUUGGUUGUCAAGGGAUAUGUUCAGAAAGAAGGUCUAAGGAGGGAGCAUGUUUUAAUUAUGUUGGAAACAGUACCACAAAUUGGCAUUUACAUUCACAGAUUUCACAAUCUUGACCUAUUUAAGCAAGGAUGGUAUAGGAUUAAAAUUACCAUGAGAUGGGAUGAUGAUAAUGAAAAUCAAUCUUUCGGAAUUCCCUCUAGAGUUGUUCAGUAUGAAGCUCCUGAUGAGAUGGAUCCAAGCUAUAUAAAGGGCAUAUGGAGGAUUGAAGAAAAAGACAACAGUUUCUCAACACAGCCCUUUCGGAUUAGAUAUGCAAAGCAAGACAUUUAUCUAUGUAUCAUGAUCUUAUUCAACUUAUUUCAUACUGAAUUUGAGGGAUUCAUCACUACUGCUGUUAUUUUAAAGUUUGAGCUUAUCUAUGUUACCAAAUAUUAUGAGAACGGUGGUGAAUUGGAAGCUUCUCUGGAUUCUUCUCCAACUAUCCAUGAAUUUCGGAUUCCUCCUAAAGCUCUAUUAGGGUUGCAUUCAUAUUGUCCUGUCUAUUUUGAUUCCUUACAUGCAGUGCUCAUUGAUGUUACUGUACAUACAUGUAUUCUCAAAUCUUCAUCAAAAUUUCCCAGAAAUUCAGCCACCAGUGAAGUGAAUGUUGGCCAAAGUUAUAACACACUAAAGAAUAAUCAAGGCUUUGGUGCAAUCGCUUAUUUAGAUGUGAAAAAGAAAAUGUUUAUUAAAGCAUUAUUAACUGCUCGUGAUAUAUUACUUGAAGAAUUUCAAAGACUUAGUAAAGCAAUUGAUCAAGCUAUUGAUAUUUCAGAAUUUCUGUUAAAUAUGAACUCAUUAAAUUCCAUACUUCAAGCAAAUCAAGUUUUGACACAAGGAAAAUCACAAAAUGGCCAAGAAAUUGGUACCAAAUUUGUACAGGGAUUUAGUGUUGAUUUUUUGAAUGCUGGAAACCUCAAAUCUCUUAGUCAAAAAGAACUUUUGAAGUGUUUGGAUUUAUUAGGAGAUCAAUUGUUCAACUUAUGGAACGAAUUUUUAAAAUUUCACAGGGAAAACAAAAUACAGAUUCUAAAGUAUUUAAGAGAAACAUGGUGUAAGGAUAGAAAAGUUGAAUGGUCAAUAUGGAUGGUGUACUCUAAGGUUGAGAUGCCCCAUCAUUAUAUAAAUAAUGGGAUUAAUUUAUCUUCAAAUCGUGGUAAACACAAAAGAGCUCUCACUUUAUGGAAGCUUAACGACGAGCCUAUUCAAACCGCAGUAACACGUGCUGAGAUGCAUCGAAGGAGCAUUGCACACAUGCGGAUUAACAACCGAUCAAUUCAAGACAUGCAUAUAUUUGGAGACCCUUUAAGAACACCAAUUGUGACGGUUGAACAUGUGAUCACAAAUGCACAACGAAGAACUAUUAGUCAAGAUUCAUAUUUGAUACAUACCAAGCUUUUUACAGCCUCACACAGCUUCCAACGACUACCUAACAUUACCCACGACCAAUCGGAACACCAUUUUCAUGUCUUGAACAUUGUUGUCUUUGUCCAUGGCUUUCAGGGGCAUCAUUUAGACCUAAGACUUGUUAGAAAUCAAUGGGUUUUAAUUGAUCCUGAAGUGGAAUUUCUUAUGUCAGAAGCCAAUGAAGAUAGAACAGCAUCUGAUGAUUUUAGAAUAAUGGGUCAAAGGCUGGCUAAAGAAGUUAUUUCUUUUGUGAAGAGAAAAAUGGAUAAAGCAUCAAAUUCAGGAAUUUUGGGAGAUAUUCACCUAAGUUUUGUUGGACACUCUAUGGGCAACCUCAUUAUAAGAUCUGCACUCGCAGAUAGUUUGAUGGAACCAUAUCUAAGAUACUUGUAUACGUAUAUGUCCAUAUCUGGUCCACAUUUAGGGUAUCUUUACAGUUCCAACUCAUUAUUCAAUUCUGGAUUAUGGCUUUUUAAGAAGUUAAAAGGCACACAAUGCAUUCAUCAACUCACAUUCACUGAUGAUCCACAUUUUCAAAAUACAUUUCUCUAUAAACUCUCUAAGCAAAAGACCUUGGAAUACUUUAGGAAUAUUAUCUGA